GUCAGACACGUCAAACGACCACAACAACAACAAAAGACAUGUUCGCCGCUCUCCGUGCCUCGACGUCAAGCCUGACGACAGCACGCUCCCUGUCGACCUCGGCACGCGUGCUCGCCAAGCAGCCUCUGCGGGCACACCGCGAGACGCCGCUCCCCGCCGACCUGCUGGCCAAGAUCGGCCGCAACGCCGACAAGAAGCUCGCGGACAAGGCCGAGACGUGGGAGGCCCUCACCGAGCUCUAUGUCAAGGGCGGACCCGCGCUCGAGGAGGCCGGACUGGGCAUCAAGGACCGGAGGUACGCACUCUGGGCAUUCUCGCGCUACUCGGAGGGACUGGCGCCCUCGACGUUUAUCAACAAGCCCAAGCCGCCUAAGAAGUUCCGAGGAUGGGGCCCAAAGAUCCAGCAUGGUGUGCGCGUGAAGUUUUAGAUGAUGCUAUUGUUCUCUGCCUUCCUCCGUCAACCUUCCCCCUUCAAACGCCCGCGUCCUUGGUCUCAACAACGACCACCUUCUUCACCUCCACGGGCGGCGCAGCAGCAGCCGCCUCGAGCUCGCGGCGCACGGCAUCAAACUCGGCCGCGUCGGCCGCCUCGGUGGCCGCCGCGCGCUGGUCGCGCUUGGCAGCUGACACGCCCCACUGCCAUUCGACGAGGUCCUUGAGCGUGUGACCUGGUGGUGGCGCGGUGCGGGGGUUCGUCUCGUGGAGGUAGUAUGCGAGGAAGCCCGUGAAGAUGCCGAGGACGGGGUCGAGCGUGCGUGACAGGAGGACAGGGCGGGGCAUGGUGUGGCGAGGAAGUGGGUGGAGCAGGAGCUGCGUUACGCGACGGUGAUGGCGAUGAUGGUGCUCGGGCCGGUGGUUGUCUCGCCCGUGAUGAUGGCGCCGAUGACGGUGAAGGGUUGUUGUGGUUGGAGUGUCUGUCGGAGCAGCGUCGCUGUG